AUGUCGGCCCCCAACGCGAGCCCCGAGGCGGCGGCGCAGCUGCUCUUCCCGCCCAACGUGCAAUACAACCACGCGCGGCUGUACAACAUCAAGUUCCUCUCCUCCUGCUUCGCCGGCGCGGUCGCGGGCGUGCUCGGCUUCACGAACGCGUCCGGCUUCGCGCUCUUCGCGGCCUCGACCGCGCUCACCGCCGCCUGCCUGUACGUCAAGUGCCGCGGCCGGCCGGCCAAGUGCGUGCCCGGGGGCGUGCUGGAGCUCGUGAGCCCGGGGCAGGAGAACAUGUUUUCGUUCGUGCUCGUCUGGACGCUCUUCUACGGGAUCGUGCACGUGUACGACUAG